AUGUCAAGAUGGAAAGAUUAUUUCUUAUGUAUAAGCCUUUUAUACAUAACGACAGAUGUACUACAUGCGAAACAACCGGCGAUUUAUGUUCCAAGUGAAGUGUUUUCAGCGUCGAAAACGGAAAAUAACUCGAAGAUUUCCAUAGAAAAUACCACACAUUCACUCUUGUCGACAGAGAAUGAAAAUCAUGAUUUUCACUAUCGAGAACCAGUUCCCUUGCACGAAGAAGCAGAUAAGAUAACGGAGUUUUCUCAGAUAGAUAAUUUCACAAGUUCGUAUGACGAAAGUGAAUCAUUGAAUGAAACUCAUCUUCUUCAAAAGCAAUCCAACGAUUCCAAUAUGUUCUUUGAAAAUAUCGCACGACAUUUAAAUGAUCGGAAAAUCAUGCAAUCACUCGUUCAUUUGAUUCCACCAAAUCUAUGGGCACAAAUUCAAAAUACUAAUCGUUCAUUUUUCCAACCGAAUCAAACUCAGUACGUGAAACACAAUUUACCGAAUCCUGUCAUACUAGCUGAAGCAGCUGCACAAGCAGGUCUGCCGGGCCCUGGGCCAUAUUCCGUGCCCGAACAUUUGUGGCCCCGAAAUCCAUUAUAUGCCGUCACAAAGCCUUUCGUACUUCCACAAAAACCGCGAGUUUCAUCAACAACUACAACUACAACUUUACGACCACGGCCAUUCGUACCUAUCAAAGCCGCUCCACCGGUACCGAUCAGCGAGAAUAAACAUUCCCUAUUCUUUCAAAUAGGAUUUUCAUGUCCAUAUGGUGCCAAAGAUAUUCGUUAUCCUGAUCGGCGAUUGUGCAAUAUGUAUUUCACUUGUUCAUUAUCAGGUUUACCCGAACCAAAUCUUUGUCCUGAAGGUUAUCUGUUUUCUGACGUCACACGCGAUUGUGAAAUCGCUUCACGUGUCAGUUGUGGUGAUCGAUUAUCCGCUUUUUUUGAAACUGAAGAAACCAAAUCUGUUCUACCAACAACAACUUCAUUACCACCACUGCCACCACGUACGUCUUCUCCAUCAUCAUCAUCACGAUUAAAUUCACCUGUUAUUAAUGCUACGAUUGAAUGUGCUCUUGGCGCAGAUGGUUAUUACGAAGAUCCAUUGUAUUGUAACAUUUACCAUCAUUGCAUCGGUGGCAUUGAUUACAUCGAACCUUGUCCGAACCAAUUAGCUUGGAAUGAGCAACGUAAAAUGUGUGAUUGGGCAACGAAUGUCAAUUGUACAGGAAAAACUAUGCCAGUUAUGAAAAGCAAAACAUCAUUUUGUACCAAUCGACCAGACGGUCGCUACCCAUCAGAAACUUAUUGUAAUGUAUUUCAUCAUUGCAUUGGAGGAAUGGAUAAUAUAGUUCGAUGUACGGGAGAAUUGCAAUGGGACGAUGUGAAGAAAGAAUGCGGAUGGAAAUCAUCAGUUAGAUGUGGUCCACCGAAAAAAAUGUUACCCAACGAUAGCAAGCAUAAUUCUACGUUUUGCACUGGAAAACCUGAUGGAUCAUAUCCGAAUGAAGAGUAUUGUAAUGUUUACCAUGUCUGUGAAUCGGGCAGUGACAGCAUACGCCAGUGUCCAAAUCAACUGUUUUGGGAUAAUGAACAACAAAAAUGCGAAUGGUCGAAUAAAGUUCAUUGCUCAGGACGAACGCUCGUCGCUCUCUCAAUGGAAUCUAAUAUGUUUUGUAUGGAAAAAUCCGAUGGUUUUUACAUAGAUCCCCAAUAUUGUAAUGUUUAUCAUCAAUGUAUGGCUGAUAUCGAUGUGAAAUUGCAGUGUCCCGAGCGCUUAGUAUUUAAUGAAACAUUGAAACGAUGUGAUUGGCCGGAAACGACAAAUUGUAAGAGUGGAAAUAUAUUAGUUGAAGACGACGAUAACAAUUACAAAGGUUUUUGUGCUGAUAAACCAAAUGGAAAUUUUGCUCAUGAAAGAUAUUGCAAUCGUUAUUAUAUUUGUCAAAAUGGUAAAGACGUGGUUUUCACUUGCCAGAACAAUUUACGAUACUCCAUUGAAAAAAAUGAAUGUGAUUGGGCUAUCAAUGUCAAUUGUCACGGCAAAGAAGAUUACAUGUGGGAAGGAAUCCAAGAGAACUUUUGUAAACGUUUACCGGAUGGAAACUAUGCCGACACGAGAUACUGUAAUAAGUUCCAUCAAUGCCAAGCAGCAAUGGACUAUCCGAAACGUUGUCCGAAUCGGUUGAUGUUCAAUGAAGAAACGAAAGAAUGCGAUUGGGAAGAUAAAGUUGAUUGCAAAAAACGAGAGAAGUUCAUUGAUACCGAAGGAUUGGAUGAAGCAGUGCGACCAGGAUCAAACAACACUCGAGGUCGAUCAACAAAAUUUUGUAUGGUGAAAGAAAAUGGAGAUUAUGCGGAUUUGUAUUAUUGCAAUGUUUAUCAUAAUUGUCAUGGAGGUUUUGAUACAAUUCAAUACUGUACACACGGAUUAGUAUGGCGACAAGAAAGUGACUCUGUUGGUCGUUGUGAUUGGUCAAAAGAACGAACACCGGAUGGAGUGGAUUGCGAGGGAAAAGCUUUAUUUUUUGCAGAGAAACUAGGCGAAACGGAUAUUCUGGCGAAUCUACGUUCGGAAUUCUGCAUCAGUAAAGGUCCUGGUUUAUAUGAGCAUCAACGUUACUGUGAUUUGUAUCUCCAAUGUAACGAACAGGGCGUCGGUGUAACAAUGGAAUGCAGUCCUGGUCUCGUAUUUAACGAAAAGAAGAAAGAAUGUGAUUAUCAAGGAAACCAAAAUGAUGAAUCAAAGGGAACACUUUGUUUACAACCACGAAGUUUUCUUCGUUCAAAGCCCAAGACUGAGCAAGCAUCGAUUCUAUUCGAAGGAACCGAUGCGACUGGACAAUUCCCAACGCACUUCGAUUGUAAUAAUAGAAAUCAACAGGCAAUGUUCGCUGACUCAGAUUGGUGCAAUAUCUAUCACGUUUGUGUCGGAAGUCGAGAUAAUAUCUUCUUAUGCCCACCGGGAACGAUAUUUAACGAAACGGAUCAAGGUUGUAUGAAUCGAUUUGACGGCACUAAUUGUAAUGGAACACGUUCUUAUUAUAAACCAACGAUGAAACGUCAGAAACGUGAUGAUAUACCGCAGAAAUUACAAAGUUUUGCUCAUUCACAACAGAUGCCCAAGAAAAAUAAUGAUCAAAUCAUUCCAAAUCAAUGGAAAAAAUUCUAUCAGUCAAAACCAUUCAAUCGAAAGCCUUCAAAAUGGUUCGAGAACAAAAAGCCACUUGUUUAG